AUGUCCAGCCAGGAGUCUCUCAAAAGCGCCAUGCGUGAGGCCUUAGAGGCAGACGGGACAAUAAGCCAAAUGAAAGCAGAGCUUCGCGCGGCUGUCUUUCGGCGAAUUUCCGCCAAUCCCACCCUCGAGGGUGGGGUUAACGAAGGCAUCUCCCGGCCCCCGGAUCCGCCGGAGAAUUUAAUCCUUCACGAACUCAUCAAAGAAUACCUCGCGUUUAACGGCCUCGAGCACACCCUCAGCGUUUUUCAAUUGGAGGCCCAGGUGCCGGAUAGCCAGGUCCCGCGGAAGGUUUUGGCGGUGGAGCUGAACUUGGGAAGCGCGCCGACCACAAUCCCACUUUUGUAUUCCAUCCUUCACGAAUUGCGUUUAUCGCGCGAUAUGACGCAAUAG